AUGGAUCUUACCGCCCCCGUGGCCUGUUUGGGCUGCCGAGAAAAGCAUCUCAAAUGCGACGGCAAUCUGACCGGCUGUGCUCGCUGCCAGUCCUUGGGGCUCACCUGCCGCUUCGUGCCCUCCCGUCGUGGUCGCAAGUGUCGCCCAGCAGCACCAGCAGCAGUUCCCCACGACACCACCAGUCUGCCCACUCCCGACUCCAAUUCAAUACCGGUGGAUCCCAUCUCUUUCUCAACAGGUCCCUUCGGGCAAUGCCACAGCCUGGAAUACCCGCAGCAUGCGGGCUCCAUGCCUUGCGAUCAUGGGCUGCAGCUGAUCUCCCUGUACUAUCUCCACUUUCACCAAGCCCACCCGUUCCUGGCCCCCAUGCAAGUCCUGCUCGAGUCGGAAACCCCCACGUUCCUGCUUGAUAUUAUGGAGUUCAUCAGCCUCCAUUACUUGUCCCCGCAGCUGUUUCAGGAUAGCAGCGAGUCCCUUGGUCUGGCCGUGCAGGCUGCGGACCUGACCAUUGAAAAGGUGCAGGCCUUCCUGCUCCUCGCCAUUGUGCAUCACGGGCGACAGCAGGCCCCUGACGCCCGCUCAUAUCUGGGACAGGCCCUGCAGGGUGCACUGGACCUGGGUUUGCACCGUCGGGAGACCUCGGACGCCAUCCGUGCGGAUGCUCCCUUCCAGGCCGAGAGUCUGCGGCGCACCUGGUGGGAGAUCGUUGUGAUCGAUGUGCUGCUGGCGGCUGUCCAGGUCGAUGGGGUUUUGCAGUUCCACAUGGAAGAAACCCCCACCACGCCUCUUCCUGGUGAGCUGGAUCAGUAUCAGGCUAGCGACGUCAUCUCCGACCCCAACCCCUUUCCGUCCACCCUGGCGGAUCUGGAACAAAACGCUCUGUUCUGCGGUGAUGUGGAAUUCUCCCCGGGGGCUUACCGCGUCGAGGCUGCGUUGAUGCUUCGCAAUUGCCUCCGAGCCGGCCAGACGCAUGUCAGUGAGGAGACACUAGACAUACUGAACGCGGCCAACAUCGCCUGGUUCCAUCGACUGCCGCCACGCCAACGGUCCAUGCUUCAGCUCAAUGGGGUGCAGGACGAGCUGAUGACACAGGCCAUGAUGUUGAUGCACUGCGCCACCAUCUAUUUGCACUUCCCACGCUCCUGUCUGCUCGCAUUCCUGCCCGUCACAGGCCAGGUGAUGUGCUCAUCCCCGGCCUUAUUCGUCACCAGUACCCUGGACCCUCAAGUGCACACCCACAGGGUUAUCGAGGGGUCUGUUAGACUGUCUCAGCUAGCCGCCUUGUCCACCUCGGUUGUCAAUCAUACUCCUUUCUUUGCCUGCACCCUGGUCCUCAGUUCCGUUAUCCAAGUUGCCGCCAUGUUCAGCGAGAGUCUGCAUUCCUCUAAGGCGAGCCAGAGACAAUACCUAGCUCUCAACCUUGCCGUUCUAAAGUCUAUGGGACAAACCUGGCCCAUUGCUGCUGCUGCCUCACAACGAGUGCGUCAAGCCAUGAUCGAAGUCCACAAUGCGAUCCCACGAGCUGCCAACCUGUUGCUUGGGGAAGUCACCCCUCCUUCCUAA